CCAACAACGCUGUUUUUCUAACUGAGUUCGCUGUAGAGUGCAGCCAUUUCCGUUGUUAGUCUGUUCAGCCUUGUUUGAGAGAAGUAUCUCGUGUGCGUUAACUCAAACUUAGGAGCAACAACAAGUUAGAUUUCCUUCGUGUUUUUUCCCCGGCUGGCUCGCUUGCCAGCUGAAUCUCGUCGGGAUGGACCCAGCAAGCCGAUACCAAGUGUUGCACAAUGAGGAUGACUCUUCAGAGGCCUCGACCAGCGAGCAGCAGCCAUGCACUUCUGCCACAGCCCAGGCUGGUACAUCCAGCCAGGACCAGAGCCAGACCCCAGCCAACCUGGCACUAGCCCCAGAAGCAGGGGAAGCAUCGGGAUCAAGCACUCAGGGGGGAGCAGAGGCCCCUCCACCUCCUUACGCCUCCAUUGACCUGGGAGCAACUGCUGCAGCACCCGAGACUAGUUUCCGAAGUGACUUCCCAGUGCCUCCGCCCUACAGCGUCGCCACUUCGCUGCCCACAUAUGACGAAGCGGAGAAGGCCAAAGCGGCCGCCAUGGCUACCUCCACUGUGGAGGUGAUGCCACGGGAUGAAGAAUUCCCACCCAGAGACGACUUCAGUGACGCGGAUCAGCUUCGAGUUGGGAACGAUGGAAUCUUCAUGUUGGCUUUUUUCAUGGCCUUCCUGUUCAACUGGAUUGGGUUCUGCCUGUCCUUCUGUCUGACCAAUACCAUCGCAGGACGCUAUGGAGCUAUCUGCGGCUUCGGACUUUCCCUCAUCAAGUGGAUUCUUAUCGUCAGGUUCUCCGACUACUUCACUGGCUACUUUAAUGGUCAAUACUGGCUCUGGUGGAUUUUCCUGUUGCUCGGUCUCCUGCUGUUCUUCAGGGGUUUCGUCAACUACCUUAAAGUCCGCAACAUGUCAGAGAAUAUGGCCACCUCUCAUAGAACACGUCUCUUUUUCCUCUACUAAAAGGUCUGCAAACCAUAACCGUUCCUUGCCGACGUGACAUUCCUUCCCUCCCCCUCGAAUGACCUGACUGAGGAGCCUUGCAGUGAAGAGAGGAGACGGGGAAGGAAUGAAGGAAAGAAGUAGGGGAAAAGUGUUACCCGUCUCAUUAAAAGCAUAACACGAGUCACUCUGAAGUCUCUACUUCUGAGCUGAGCCGAAACAAAAGUCUUUGAUGAUCAGAUCCUCUCUCCUGGCUUUGUUUUUGUUUUUCAUUUUCCUUUGAUUCGAAGCUCUUAACACAGUCUGCUUUAGGAUCGCGCGCGCGUGUGUGUGUGUGUGUCGUGUGUGUCUCAAGAGUAGGAGCGCUUUUGAGAUACACAAACUUAAGUUACCUGAGGCAAAUUUAGCAGACGCUUAGUAUGAAGAGGUUUGUUCCAAAAUGAGAUAUCCAAUAUUGUAAGAGUCACUGAUUUACUAAAUGAAAGCACGGUGAAACAAUGUCUUAAAUGUAGGAAACGCAUUCAAAUAAAAUGAAAUUAAGUUACUGUAGCUCAUUUUAUGAUAUUGCUUUCCCUUGAAAGAGAAAACCUCUGUGUCUAUAUAAAAAAGCAUUUGCAAUUUGAAAAUAGAAAAAUGUGUAGGAUGUGGAAACCUCUUCAGGGCCUUUGAUAUUUAGAUUUCCCCUCCAUCUUUGCCUUGUUUGUCUCAGACUUUUACGACAAAGAUCAAGCAAGGAUUUCAAACUAAGGUGGCCUGUUUGUUGUUCCACAUAUUUCACUGUGACCUAUUGCGCAUUAUAAUGUAUCUUGAACAGUUUUAGUUUUGUCAUUCCAGAGUUUUAAAUUCAGUUUGCUUUUUGAACAAGUCUUACUUUAACCAUGAUGUAGCAUUUUUUUAAACGCUCUCGUUAAUGUGGUGCUGCCAAAGUCAGUCUGCUUGGAUAGGGUUGACACUCUGCAACCUGCUAACAUCUCAGUCUCUACUCUCACUAAAAAUAUUGAAAACUAACUUUUUUUAAGGGCUCUCAAGUGUGCAUGUGUGUGGAAAACCGGAAGACAUGUAUUGAUCAGUUUACAUAUGGCACACCCAGAUGCUUUUAGUGGUUUUAAACCAAACCCAAUUUUCCCAAGCUUCAUUCCUGUCGACCUUUUGCUUAACUGUGACCAGACAUGGCUGAAAAUAUGAUCCAGGACAGAAAACAGCUUGGAAUUAUUUGAAACUAAUCCUUAACGUCCACAUUUUUUGAGACAACCAACCUCAACCUGUGGUUCAGUUUAUCACAGAUUUCCUCAUUCACUUGUACAGAGGAGCGCAGCUAAUCAGUGGAGGCUCUCUGGAUACAUUUUAAAUAAUAAUUUCUUUAGCUCACACGGGCUGCCCAAAGGCAGGCCUUGUAUGCAUCUCCUGCUUCGGUGCUGUGCAAGUGGAUCGGAUAGUGACCGUUUUACAUGGAGCGUGCAGUAAGUCUUACAUGCCAGGCUUGAGUAAAAACUCUUUGGAAUCAAAGAGUCGUAUACAAUUUAGUUAUCUUUUAUAAUGUGAAGUCCUGUUCUAGUGGAAUAGUUUAGUCAUCAGUGAUUGAGAUCAGGUUCAGUCCAAAGUGAAGUGGUUAUAAAUUUUUUUCGAUAAAGAUGAGGUGCUCAUUGAACAAGCUGUGCAGAAAAGAGUGUGUGUGUACACACUGUACACACUUGCCAACAAACAUAUUUUAGUUACCAGUAAAUCAGAGGAAAAUGCAAUAAAACCAAUAAAAAUGUGACUGGUUCUGCUUGUCCGACGUAAUUUAGAGAAAUCCAACAUGGAUCUCUAGGAUUUAGGCUUUUGAGAGUAAAUUUGACUUUUCUUUUCAUGGAGCUUUUCAUUGAGCUCCUGUUAUGUGUGGAGAAAACAACUUUCCAUUAUGUGACUAUCUGAAAACAAUAUCAGCAGACAUUGACAUUUUUCGUAAGUGCGUGAAAGGCACAUUCAUACAUCUGUGUCAUGUAGGCCGUUAUGAGCAUGUGGAGGAGAUGGUAUGUCACCACUGUUGAACUGGUUCAUGCAGAAAAAGGACAAGCCAGAAAUGCGAUGCCACCAAGCCAACCGACCACAGUUCGCUUCGCCGUGACAUGUAGUUAAAUUUUUGGGGAGGUGCGCAGAAGUAUAAAUUGGCCUAAAGAGCAUUGAAGACGGGGGGGGGGGGGGGGGUGUGUGUACAGUCCAGUGUGAGUGGAAUAUAUGAAAAGUCUAUGAGCUUGUGCGCCAUGAAAAUGGAGCCUGACUGGACAAAUAAAAACAUGCUUUUUGAUUAUUUUUGUCCUCCAAAAAAUGAAAUGUAUAUACCAGCUUCUGCCAAUUCAUAAUAUUUGCACUUUGAAGAACUUCUGUACAGUAUGAUUUGUGAAUCUGCUUAACUUGGUGUGGUGGAAAUUUUUUUAUCUUAGCCAUCCAAGUUUUUAACUGGAAUUUUUAAUCAUCCCAAAUGGAUAAUUUGCCUUUUGCACUUUUUAUUAUUUUAUUUUUGUUGUUGUGUGUCUUGUUUCAUCGCUUUUAGGCCUAAACUGUGACAGCUUAAGUGUUGCCCGUGUUUUUUUGACUAUUUGGUUGGUUAUAUCCCACUAAAGCCUCUUUCAGCAAUAUCAACAUCUUUCAACCAAUUUAAGCUCUGCUGCAUGAUUUAGCCGCCUGAAUGAGUGAGGUAAUGUUAGGAUUCAUCUUGUGCGAAUACAUUUCUUUGUAAAUAAAUAAAGACAAAAAAAUGAGACGGCAGCCAAAUAUUUUAUUUUUCUUUUUGUCCAAGAUAAUCCUUGUAACAUCUUCUGAAAGUUGUUAUGCAUUUAUCCUAACUGGAAUUAAAUUGACAGAUGGUGUCUUGCAGAAAUGCCAAUAAAGUUCAAAAGCCUGCCAGUUAA